GUGACGUCAGCGGCGGCGCCGGCGGAGGCCGGUCCAGACCCGGUCCGGCGGCGGCGUGGCGCGGCCGCCCGCGGCCCGGUGGUUCGGUGCUCCGCCGGCGGCGAGCGGGCGGUGUGCGCAGCGGCGGUGACGACAGCCGGCUGACACGACCCGUGUGUAGUGCAGUGUGGGCGGUUCUUGUGACGGGUGUACCCGCCUCGGUGAUAGAAUGGCUCGUGCACAGUCACACACGGCUCCGUCCCACGCGUGUGAUUCAGUGCGGUCGUCGCGCGCCACCGCCCCACGCUCGGUGACGUGGUCCCGCGGAGUAAACAAGGUCCGUGUGUGAGGUGUCCGGGGUGGAGACCGAUCCGGUGACCAAAUACGGCGAGCCGGCUUAUUAUCCACUACCUCGAAACGAUCCAAUGAAUAUACAACGCAGCCUCAUGAGGAAUCUGGCCGAAGUCGUCUGAAGACGAAGUGGCGAAGUUCCCGGAAUUCUAUCAAGAUGGGCGAGCAUUCCUCUUCCCUGGCCUCACUGGGACUGGACUCGUCGGCCGGACUCGCGCUGGACUCUGGCCAGCUCCUUCAGGACGCGGCGACAAAGCGAAAACUGGCCGGCAGUGGUCCGCUCGCGCAGGUGCUCAAGCGGCGCCAGUGUCCGUCCGGUCCCUCCGAGCCGAUCGUCGACACUCCGCCGACUCCGGCCGGGCUGCCGGACGGGCCUGACUUCUGGAGCGGCGGCGGCGGCGGCGGCGGCGGCGGCGCGGGGUCCAGUGACGGAGCUGUCGGCGCGGUGCCGAGACCGCAGCUCGCGCGACAGCUGGGGCACGGCCUCAGAGCGGGUCUGGCCGGCGGCGGAGGCGGGGUCCAGGGGCAGCGGCAGGCGCGCGCGGCGGCGGCGGCCAUCGGCUGGCGGUCGGCGCCUCAGCGCUCGUUCCCUCCGAGCGGCGACAGUCUGCAGGUGCAGGAGAUCAGCAGCGAGCUGUGGCAGGAGCCCGAGCUGGUGCAGCAGCUGCGCACCUCCUCCCUGGAGAGCUGCGGCGCCCUCCCGGCCGCCGGGGUGGUCGUGCAGGAGGUGGAGACCGACCCGGAGUCGGUGCCGGGCUCUCCGCGCUCCUCGCCCGGCACGCCGGAACGGCCGCGCGCCCAGCACGGCCUCAGUAUCGUGGAGCUGCACUACGCCGAGGAGGAGGAGCACCAGGAGCACUGGGAGCAGGAGAGCAGCACCACAGAGGAGCUGGUGGUGCUGCCGGAGCGAGCUGUGGGCACCACCGCCCUCAGGCCAGGCGGCGACGAGCCUGCUCUGUUCACUCUCCGACCCCUGCGGCGUCUGAUGCAUCCCGUCCGCCGCUGCCUCUCUCCUAUGGCGGAGGAGUCCUGUGAGGAACUCGACUGGAGCGAGCCAAGAGCGCGCACAGCCAGACAGAGAGAGGACGAGGAGGAGGAUGAGGAACGGGAGGAGGAGUCCUCGUCCUCCUCCGGGACGCUGCACGUGCGAGAGGACGCGGAGGAGAGUGUGAGGAGUGAGUCGGUAUCGGCAGAUUCUCGAGUCCGAGAGGAGGAAAGGAUGGAAACGUCCAACGAGUCUUCAACGGUAGAGACUCGCGCAAAAGGGAGGAUGGAUACGAUAGAAGAGUUGUGUGAAACGCGAUCUGUUGAGUCCCGUGUUCGCUGCGAUAGGAGUGGCGAGAAGGUGAAUGCGGGGUCCCUGCCGGCUGUGUCUGGUGAGGAGAAGGAAAUGGACUGUGAUAUAUCGUUUAGUGAGUCGUUACCAGUGGAAUCCAGGGUUAGACCUGGUGGUGCUAGGAAACGCUUGGAAAACGGUUUGAGUGAAGAAUCGGUGGCAAGCUCUGACGACUCCGUAAAGAAUGAUUCGAGAAGCGCUGGGACAGAGGACGCCACAGAGUCCAGCCAAUCGUCAAGCCGGUCGACACAGCACAGAACGAGCUGGUCACUACCGAGCGAGGCUGUUAAAACGGACUUCAGAACACUCUACAUCCCGCGAACAAGCGUGUCAUCUUCCAACGGCUCCCGCGCGGCGGAGACGAACAGCAGCAGUGUAGUGAAUAGAGUGAGCUGGUCACUUCCUAAUGAAGCACGUAUACGUAAUGGUAACGGAACUAAUGAAUCCGCUGCCAAGGAACAGAGCAAAAAGGACCCUGAUCACAAUGUGACGACGACCGUCAGUUCCUCUCUGCCGAACGUGGCGAUAUCCAGGGAGGCAAGGCAGAGGAAAAGCACCGUACUGAGCGGAUCAGUGCCGAAUGAGGCACGGCUGAAAGAGGAAGAAAAGUCGAAAGAGUUAGAAAAAGGUGGUGAUAAGGCGGAAAACCGAUCUCAAACUUCUUCCAGCACAGAUGCAAAGGAUGAAAGCAAAGUAGAGAUUAUCGAUCGCACAAAUGACAAAAAGUACAAUUUCAGUGCCUUGAGAAUGAAAAGAAAACAAGCACAAUUAGCAGCUAAGGACAAGAAGGAAGGCAAAACAAAAUCAAACACUACCAAUCAAUCAAAAAGGCCGUCGAAGUCAUCGACAGCGAAAGAAAAACCAGCCGCCUCCGAGAGUAGAGACGAGAACCCUGAAACUGGAUCAAGUAGAUUGAUGCCAGACUCUGCCGAGGGCGACGAGGGAAGGGAUUCGCAGAAAUGUAGCGAACCGGCAAAGACUGGGAAAAGUGAAAAGGCCAAAGAUGCACCCAGCACUGCAACCAAAUCGAAAACUUCGCAGGAGAUAAUCGAAGAUCUGGAGAGCGACACGAGCUGGCGAACGAUACGACCCACGGAUCCUAAAGAAAACAACAGCGGCCAACGUUUAGAGCCUCCAUCAGUGCUGACUCCUCUGACCGACCUCGAGUGCUACGUCACGGAGACGCUGAUGCUGAGUGCCGAGGUCACCGGUCAACCGUGUCCCGAGGCACGCUGGGUCAGCAAACCGUUCCUGUCCAGUCAGCAGGAGGAAUCACUGAGCACACUCAAGGAGGGUCAGACGGUGAAGACGGACGACCACCACCUGAUCCAGCGUCAGGGACCUCAUCGCCACCGGCUGGUCCUGCCGAGACUGAGCUACAAGGACGCCGGACGGUACACCGUGGUGUUCACCAACUCACAGGGCGAGGCCGCCUCGCACUGCAAGGUCGUCGUCAGACCGCUGACCGAGCUGAGGGCGCCCCAUUUCUUCACUCCCCUGGUGCCGCGAACGGUGUGCGCCGGUGAUAAGGCCCAGUUCAGCUGUGAGGUGCGCGGGUCACCGCUGCCCAGUGUCACCUGGUUUAAGGACUCGGUGGCGCUGCGCGCCGGUCCAGAGGUUCUGAUGACCUAUAAGCUGACCACCGGGCUGUGUUCGCUGACCCUGGUAAAGGUCCAGGUCGGCGACGGAGGACAGUAUACGUGCCGCGCCUCCAACCAACACGGUCAUACUCAGAUCCAGACCACACUCCAAGUCAUCGAAAACGAACAAUGCGAUUCGACCGAGGCGAAGUCACAGGACACUGCGGGCCGUGUAUCUGCGGAAGCGACAUCGAUAGACACUCAGGACACAUCGUCUACCAAAACCGCAGCGGGUGGAAUAUCCAGAUCAACGGAAAACGGGAAUCUGGAUGAAGCCAAAUCACCUCCUGUUAUAAACCUGGCACCAUCAGAUGCUACGUCUCCACAAAAUAUGACGCAUAAAGCCCAAGACACCAUCCCAAACGGUUUAGCACAGCCCUCUGGUGCUGUAAUUCAUUCCAAAGAGCAAAUGGUAGCACCUACCACCCAGUCCUCCAGCGGAGGAGGCUCAGUAACGAACACAUCUACGAGAGGGGAGCAGCCGUCGUCCUCCGGGGUGUCCUCCCGUCCGACCGGGGAGGUGGCGCCACCUAGCGCCCAGGCCGGGAAAGCUCAACAGAUGGCGCCACAGGGUACUGCUCCUGGCUCCAGCGAGGAGAGGAAAACGUUAUCGCCAGCAUCGGACAUCUCAUCUUCACAAACAGUCCAGUCCAGCACAAAUGCUUCAAACAAUGAUGUGCAGGUGCCGGGCAUCACCAGUUCGUCUUCAGCGAAAGCGUCUGUGGUCAUCAACCAUCCCAUCAAAGUGGCACCAUCAUCAGAAAACCUGCCGGAAAAGACACUCACUACGGAAACUCCAGGGAAAACGUCUUUCAAAAACACCUCGAAUGUGAAGUCAACCAGCCUCCAUGAGAAGACACCGGGUGUCGCAUCUUCAAAAAACGUUUCUUCAGUGGAUAACUCUACCCAAAAUGCAACUAUCAACGAAUCGUCAUCUGUCAAAGAUCGUCAGCGAACGGUUGAGGCUCUCAAAAUUUCGACAGAGCAGGCUGGUGACGUCAGAUCCCAUCCAGUUGAGCUGACGCUGCCCGACGUCGGCAGGUCACAUCCCAUUCAAGUCCCGUGUCAGGUGGCACUGUCUCAUCCGAUCGAGAGCGACUCACCAGUCAGGACCACCAAGGCAGGAAGAGAGAGCUGCAAAAGGGCACCGCAAAAUAGCGACAGGCUGAAGGGCCCGCCGGAGGAGAAGGACCCGCCGCCGGAAGAGGAGGAGAGGGAGCCGACCGACCCGCCGCCGCCGGCAGCGGACCGCCCCGACCACCAGCUGACGGCGCCAGGUGCCAGCGGAGCCGCCACCGACGCCACCGACGCGCCGCCGCCGACGGCCGCACCAGAGCUCGGACGCGCGCCAGAGGACGCGCCUGACGUCGGGAGAGGACUGAGGCGAACCGGGGAGAGCUCACUCAGCAAGCCGCCUCCGGUCAUCAGCUGGCGGAACGACGCGCGACCCGUGCCCCGGUCAGCGCCGGUCAGGGUCAUGACCUCGCCGGAGGCGGAGGUGACGAUGGACGCGACUGAGGUGGCUCCUGAGGCGGUUGCUGAGUCGGCACCUGAGGCGGCCCCUGAGACGGAGGUCACCAACGAGCCAACAGUAGCCAGCGAAGAGCCAGCGAUUGCCGAAACGGCGCAACCCGCGGCAGAACCCGCAGCAGAGGAGACUCCUGCCACCGAGGAGCCAGUUUCACCACCACCAAAGGAGGAGGUCCCAGAGCCGGCCGCCGAGCCUGUGGUCGCUGAGGAACCUCCCGUCCCUGAGGAGCCUCCCGCCUCAGACCCUCCCUCCGUCCAGCCGCCAUCGGUGGAGGAAGCGCUUGCACCCGUCCAGGCGGUAGCCGGCUGUCCGGGUCGGCUGGAGGGUCGUAUCAGCGGCGUACCCAAGCCGACCGUGGCCUGGUCGAGGAACGGCGUGACGCUGCACCCGGAUGGAGAGCGUGUCCGCCAGUACCAUCACGAUGACGGCACGUUCGGACUGGAGAUCGCAGAGAGUCGGGAGGAGGACGUGGGGACGUACGCGGCCACGGCCGUCAACUCUGCCGGCCAGGCCGCCACAGAGGCCGCCUUCCAGCUACUAGACACCAGCACGGCCGGCAAGGAGUGGGCUCCCGACUUCACCACACCUCUGCUCGGAGCCAAGGUGGACGAGGGGGGUGCCAUCGAGCUGGAUACCCACAUCACGGGCGUGCCCAUCCCGGAGAUCACCUGGACUAAGAACGGCGUGCCCAUUGAGGCCGGACCGCGCGUCACCUUAGGCUACGACAGCGACAAGGCCACGCUGUCGAUCAAACCAGCGGAGACGUCCGACGCUGGAAAGUACGAGAUCACCAUCAAGAACAAGCUUGGUGAGAAGAGCUCGGCCGUCAAGGUCAAGAUCAACAAGAUUUACACGGUUCCGCAGUUCGCCGAGAAGCUCAUGGACGUGCAGCAGAUCCCCGGCCUGGACGCCAAGUUCGCCUGCCGCGUCACCGCUCUCCCCAAACCAGAGGUGCAGUGGCUCUUCAACGACCAGCCGCUCAAGUCUUCCAAAAAGCACAAGAUUCGCCGCGAGGAGGACGCUUGCACGCUCUCUGUGCGCGAGUGCGCCGAGGGAGACGCUGGCACCUACACCUGCCGCGCCACCAACAGCGAGGGUACCGUCUCCUCCAGCGCCGACCUCCGGGUGGUCGACAAACUGGACCGGAAGCCGAAACUGGAGGCGCCGCUCUUCCUGAAGUCCAUCGGCGACUGCGAGGUGUUUCCCGGCAUGCAGGCACGCUUCACGGGCUGUGUGGCCGGAAACCCGGAGCCGGAGUGCGAGUGGUACAGGAACGACGUGCGCAUCUACCCCAGUGACCGUAUUGUGGUCGAGAACGACGGCUCCGGCCUGGUGCGUCUCACGCUGCGGACCGUGGAUGAGACGGACGCCGGCCGGUAUCGUCUGAGGAUCCGCAACAGCGAGGGCGAGGCUGCCUGCGAGGCCGACCUCACCUACGACUCGUUUGAGAACACGCCCACCAAGCCGCUGAAGGACCAGUACCAGACGCUGGAGAGGCAGCUCAAGUCGGGCAUCCCCAUGCCGCUGGCCGACCCGCCCAUCGUCUCCAGGAUGUCGGACCGUCAGCUGACGUUGUCAUGGAAACCGUCGCCGGCCGCCGGCCAGCACAUCCCACCCACCUACACCGUCGAGAUGGCCAAAAUGCCAGAGGGAGGCUUCGCCGUCGUCCACACUGGUGUUCGUGGCUGCUCGGUGGAGAUCAAGCGCCUGGAGCCGCAGUGUGAUUACAAGUUCCGAGUGAUUGUCGAGAACAAGCACGGAGCCAGCGAGCCGUCCCCGCACACCGUGGCGCACAGGGUUGGUCUGGUACCGUCCCCACCACCGGAGAACCCGACUCUGCCCGACGGAGACACCUUCAGGGCGGACAGCUCACCUCUCUUCCCGCGCGGCUUCGACAUGGAGAAGCAUACCAACGGCAAAGGGCACCCGCCCACUUUCCUACGUCAGGAGAGUAACAUGCAGUACGGCGUUAAGGGCCGCGACGCCAAGCUCCGCUGGUACAUCUUCGGCUUCCCCAAGCCCGACUUCAGCUUCACCUUCAACAACGUGACCAUCGAGAUGACGGGCCGAUACAGCUGCUCCUACAACAACGCCGGCGAAUUGACCUUGGUCAUCAACAGUAUGCAGGAGCGCGACCAGGGCGUGUACGAGGCGCUGUGCACCAGUAAGUACGGCGAGGCGCGGCAGAAGGUGAUCCUGCGGAUGUCCGAGCCGCCGCGCUUCCUGCAGCACCCCGAGGAGACGACCGUGAUGCAGCGCGAACAGGCGCGCUUCGAGGCCCGCGUCACCGGCGUGCCAAUGCCGCAGAUCCAGUGGUACAAGGACUGGAAGCCGCUGAAGAGCGACAAACGCGUGCGGAUCCUGUGGCGCGAGCCGGACACCUGUAUCCUGCUGGUGAACGGCUGUCUGAUUCCGAGGGACGGCGGCCUGUACUCGGUCAGCGCCACCACGCCCGCGGGAACCACCAGCGCGUCGGCCAUGCUGCACGUCGAGUUUGACGACGCGAUGUACAACUACAUUUCCUACUCACCGGCACGCUCCAUAAAGCCGCGCAACAAGCCGUUCGAGGAUUUCUGCGACAUUGGCGAGGAGCUGGGCCGGGGCACCCAGGCGGCCACCUACCACGUCAUACAGCGCUCCAACGGCUGCAGUUUCGCCGCCAAGGCGAUGAACGGCAAGGGCGAGCACCGUCUGAGCAUGAACAGCGAGAUGUGGAUCAUGAACCAGCUGCACGACCGGCAGCUGGCGCGACUGUACGACGCCUACGAGUCGCCCCGGCAGCUGAUCCUGGUCCAGGAGCUGUGCAGCGGAGGCGAGGUGCUCGAGGCGCUCUGCAGAGAGCCCACCUACAACGAGUCGGAUGUGGCCAGUGUGAUCCGACAGGUGCUCUGGGGUCUGCAGAGUAUGCACCUCAAGCACAUCGCCCAUCUCGGUCUGACGCCUGGAGACAUCCUCUUCUCUCGUCCCAACGGUGACGAGGUGAAGCUGAUCGACUUCAGUCUGGCGCGACACAUCAACCCGGAGAAGCCGGAGCGUCUCGACUACGGUAUGCCGGAGUUCGUGGCUCCCGAGGCGGUGAACGGGGAGAGCGUCGGACUUCCGGCCGACAUCUGGAGCGUGGGAGUCAUCACCUACCUCCUGCUGUCCGGAACGUCGCCCUUCCGAGGGGAGACAGACCGGGACACUUUGAAGCGGAUCCAGUCUGGCGAAAUGCAAUACGACCUGGAGGUGUUCGCCGAGAUCUCUGAUGAGGCGAAGGACUUUAUCGCCAAGCUGCUGGUGUUCCCCGCUGCCGGUCGGCCGGACGUGAAGACGGCGCUCAGACACCCGUGGCUGGCGUUCGCUGACCGCACGCCGACCUCGGUCAAGGACAGGUCCACCGAUCGGCUCAAACUCUACCUGGAUAAAUUCAGAGCAUGGUACCGUAACGCCUCCUGCCAGACCUGGUUCCGCCGGCGUCCGCUGAGCUCGGCGUUCGAGCACCCCAGUGAGAUGGUGUACCCGUCGGACGUGGCGUACACACCGCCACCGUCGCCGGAGCCGCUGCGGAAGGAGAAGUGGGCGCCGCCGCGCCUGGAGGACGCCGCGGAGGAGGAGGAGCUGGACGGAGAGCCGCCGCUCGACGACCAGCUCGAGUGGAUCGGGGCCGAGAGCCACUACCAGCAGGGUCCCGACACCUACCUGCUUCAGCUGCGCGACACCGGCCUCCCCUCCCGGCUGCGUCAAUACAUCAAGGUGGCCGCCGACCGCUCCCCCACCUUCGCCCAGCGCGCGCUCGACGAGCCCAUGUACGACAGAACUAGCUCCCGGGCCGGAUCCGUCUCCGGUUUGGUGCCGCCCCAUCCGACCCGAGCCGGCUCCGUCUGCUCAGUGGCGUCAUCUAUAGAUGUCGCUGACGGCGUCGAGCUGGCCCAGACUAAACCGAAGCUGCCCACCUGGUGCCAGCUGCCAGUUCUGCACGAGCGGCGUCGGUUCACCGACAUCAUGGACGAGGAGAUUGACGACGAGCGUCGUUCGCGUAUCGACAAGUACAGCGCCGAGCAGGGGCACUACAUGCCGCGCCGCCUGCGUUACGAGCUGAGCGCGCGACCCAGAGCGCUGGCGGAGGCUGACGCCGUCAGGGAGCAGAAGAGGCAGGGCCAGUUCCCGUACUUCCGUGAGAAGCCAUUCGACAUGGCCAUCCAGGAGGGCCAGGCCGCCGAGCUCUCCUGCCUCGCCGUCGGUAACCCCAAACCCAUCGUACAGUGGUUCCGCAACGACGUGGUGAUUGGCGAGACGCGUCGCAUCAAGAUCCUAGAGGAGGCCGCCACGGGCCGCUCCAUCCUGCGCCUGCAGCCGGCCAUGGACUUUGACCAGGGCGUCUACAAGGUCAUCUGCCGAAACAACGUCGGGCAGACGGUGGCCAAGUGUCGUCUGUACCUGGGCUACGACCCUGGUACGUGUGACCUGCCCGAUGUGGCCGACUACACAGACACAGAGGUGCUGCUGCGCUGGAAGGUGCCCACCGAUACCGGCUACUCGCCCAUCCUCGCCUACGGCCUGCAGGCCAAGCAGCUCAUCGAGCACCAGUGGACGGACAUUGCGGAGAAUAUCGGCCACGAGUUCUACCUGGUCAAGGACCUGAAGCCCGAGUCCAACUACCACUUCCGCCUGAAGGCGCGCAACAAGCUCGGCUGGGGGCCGUACAGCGUGCCGACGCCCACCGUCCGUACACGCGGUGCAGGCUGGCCGAAGCGUCUGGAGCUGGGGAAGCUGGAGUCGCUGCUGAUGCAGAUGACGGAGCUCGGCCAGGAGCCAGCCGACCUGGAGGCGCGGCCCGACCUCGACUAUGAGGCCGAGCAGAGCCCCGUCACGUUGACCGAGGGCUCGCCCGAGCAGGCCUACACCUUCCUCGCCGAGAUACAUAGAGGACGCUUCUCGUUGGUGGCCGCCUGCGUGCACACCAUGUCCGGUACAAUCCGCGCCGCCAAACUGAUCGAGGCAGGCUCAGAGGACAGCCUCGAACAGGCGCUGGCCGAGUUCGAGUCGCUCCGCUCGCUGAGACAUGAGCGCGUGGCGGCCCUGUAUGACGCCUACAGGAUGGACACGAAGCUGGUGCUGGUGAUGGAGAAGCUGCUGGGACAGGACGUGCUCAGCUUCUUCCAGGCGCAGCACAACUACUCCGAGGAGAUGGUGGCCACCGUGGUCACACAGAUGCUGGACGGCCUGCAGUACCUGCACUGGCGCGGAGUGGCCCACCUGGACCUGCAGCCCGAUAACGUGGUGCUGACCUCGAGUCGCCGCCUCAGCGUCAAACUGGUGGACCUCGGCUCGGCGCAGCGCGUCAGCAAGCUGGGCAAAAUGGUGCGCGCCGGUGGACACCUCGACUUCACCGCGCCGGAGCUGCUGGUGGACGAGCCAGCCUUCCCGCAGACGGACAUCUGGUCUCUGGGCGCUAUCGCCUACCUGCUGCUGUCCGGCCAGGCGCCCUUCCUCGGAGACACUGAGGACGAGACGCGACAGAACACGCUCUACGUGCGCUUCCGCUUCGAGUACCUCCACAAGGAGAUCACCAACGAGGCCACACGGUUCCUGAUGACGCUCUUCAGGCGCGCGCCCAGCAAACGCCCCACGUGCGACCAGUGCCUGGAGCACCGCUGGCUCAUGUCCAUCGAGUACAUGCAGAAGCGCAGAGAGCGAGCCAUCUUCCUCGGAAACCGGCUCAAGGACUACUCGAACAGCUACCACCAGAGCCGUCAGCGCCAGGCCACGCAGAACACGGACCUGAUUGCCGCCUUCACCAUGGACCUGCUGACCAUCUGAGGCCUCAGCCAUAGGGCGUACCGGCGCGACCGCAGCGGCACCAGCCGGCGAUUAAGCAAAGUUCUAGUCACCCAGCUCGACGCUAGAUGUCCGCCAGCGCUAGCAAAACUCGCUGGCUGGCACGAUUGCUGAAGAGCUGACCCUUCUCCCCGCAUUAUUCCCAACAGAAGCGAGUAGCGAUAGAUGCCACUAGCACAGAUCUCGCCACCAAAAAUGUGUGAUUUGACCACUCCGUACAGAUCUCCUUUUUUCGAACUGACUUACUGAACCGCAUCCGUCCAUCAGGACCGCAAUCAAAGGAAUAACUGCCGGACGUAUACCUCAACACGGAUCAACAUUUAGAGGUAGGUUGCUUCAAGUAGGUUCACCAAGUAAUCUUAUUAUAAACCAAGCGUCAAACUUAGCAAAACAGAGAAGGUAUCAAAUUGUAAUAGUAGGUAGACACUAGUCGUAUGUCGGUUCUUUAGCCUACAGAACUUACAAUUAUUCCCUUCUUAGAAGAAAGUCUUUAGCUAAAAAGGUCCUCUUAGGAAGAAUAUAGCAUUUUAUGAAAGAACGACAGACAACUAUACUCAGGCAAUUCGAGGAGCAGGUACUGUAGCAGUCUCAACGACCCCCCCCCCCCAUGCCGCCCCCGCCCGCUGACCGCCAGCCAAACCCCUCGUGCAAAA